UUACAGUCUCAAAAGUAUUACAAUGAGUUAUUCGCAACAGCAAACAUAUAUCCGAUCAAUAUAAUUCAGGGACUUUCACAUAGACGAAUAUCUCAUGGCAGUCGUUCUCAUUAUUCGGCUAAAGUUCGUCGUCAAGCUAAAAAGCAUGUUACCGGCCCAAACAUUCAACGAAAGAAAUUAUCAAGACCACGAGCCGGCUCCAUAAACAAGGAGAGAAUAUAUCGAAAAUCUAUAAGAAUUUUCAUACCAAAUAAUUUUUAUUAGUUUCACAAAAUUAUUGAAAAUUUGUUUGCAUCUAUAUUCAAAUUGUCAUCGUUAAAUUAUUGUUGUUAUGUAUAACUGAAGUCCUAAAUAAAUAUUUAAAAAGAUUUUUAUAUUCGAGCUUUACUAUUUUACCUUAAUAUUUAAAAGUAUUUGUAUUGGUGACAAACAUUUUCCUUGGAGACAGUAUUUUGUCAGAGGUCCUUAUUUGGUCUAGGUCUCAGAGUAUCCACUUUAUUACGUGGGUGGUACACUUAAAAAUGGUCUGGGUUAAAAGUUCAAAUAUUUAGACAUUUCCCUUUGAAACUCACUUACUUGGUAUAGUUAAAUAAGGUUUACUUUUAUCUACAUUUAGUUCCAAUCUAACCUACUUUAAUUCAGUUAAAGUUGCCCACUAGUCUCCUCCAGCUAGAUUCCCAAGGGAUCUUCGCUGAUAUGUUUGCGAUUCAACUGUGAAAGUGAUUGUUAAUGUUCGAACUAAUCUAAACUAAACCAAUAUAAAUCUUACCGGAAAAAAGCAAAUCGUAAUUGUCAUCGAUUAUAAAUAACACACUGUCACAAUCGAUAAUUUGUUUCGCAUAUGUCACUUCCCUUCAGUGACGUCAGUCAGAAAUUGUUUUGUUUAUGUGUCAUUUGCCGUUAUUUUGAUGCUUUCUUUGGUCAUCCGUUUUCAUGAAAAAUGUGUGAUUUAAACGAUAAUCCCCUGAAAUUGAGUGUCAAGUGGAAUGGGAAAGAGUAUGAGAUACCAGAAUUCUCACCUUCGGAUUCAGUGGCUAUGCUCAAGAUCGCUAUUGAAAAUGCCACUGGAGUACGACCUGAAAGACAAAAGCUCCUAAACGUUAAAUUUCAAGGCAAAGUAGCUACAGACAACUUCACACUCUCAGAGCUGAAUCUCAAACCGAAUCUGAAGAUCAUGAUGAUGGGUUCCCUCGAGGAGGCCAUAGAGGGUGCUAGAACCAAACCAGAUGUUGGAGACGAGGUUGUGAACGACCUGGAUAUAGAGGAAGAGGAGGUUGAUGUUGAAAAUCAAGAGAUAUACUUAGCAAAAAUAAACAAGAGAGUGAGAGAUUACAAAAUAAAUGUGCUGAACGAGCCCCGGGAGGGCAAGAAGCUGCUAGUCCUCGAUAUAGAUUACACAUUGUUCGAUCACAGAUCCGUAGCCGAGACAGGCUAUGAGCUAAUGCGGCCUUUUCUCCACGAAUUCCUCACAUCAGCAUACGAGGACUAUGACAUAGUGAUAUGGUCAGCCACCGGCAUGAAGUGGAUCGAGGAGAAGAUGAGACUGCUCGGGGUGUCCACGCAUCAGGAUUACAAGAUCAUGUUCUAUUUGGACUACUUGGCUAUGAUAACUGUGCACACGGCCAAGUAUGGAACGAUUGAUGUAAAACCAUUAGGCGUUAUAUGGGGUAAGUAUCCCCAGUACAGUUCAAAGAACACAAUAAUGUUCGACGAUAUACGAAGAAACUUCAUAAUGAAUCCGAAGAGCGGUUUGAAAAUCAGACCAUUCAGGCAGGCGCAUCUGAACAGGGACAAAGACAGGGAAUUGCUGCAUUUGUCCACUUAUCUCAAGGACAUAGCGCAACACAGCGAGGAUUUCGAUCAGUUAAAUCAUAAAAAAUGGGAGAAAUAUAAGCCCGAGAAGAAAAUGCAAGGUAACAAGAGGAAAGCGGAAGAUAGCGCGCCGUCGACUCCUAAGCAAUGACGGUAGAUAUAAAUUGAGUUCGGCUAGCUUGCUUUGUGAUCGGAUCUGAGAUUUGUGUGGAUACACAAACAAUGUUUUACGGGUCCAUGUUGGAACCUAUUUUGUUAAAUUAUUGUUACAUACUUCGUCCGCGUGGAAUAGUUAUUUUGGGCAUCAUUGAAGUCCUCAAGGCUAAUUUUCCCCGUUUUUUUUUCACAUUUUCCAUUAUUGCUUUGCUUCUUAUAGUUGCAGCGUAUUAUAUAGCCUAAAGCCUUCCUCGAUAAAUGGUUUAUUCAACACAAAAACAAUUUUUCAAUUUGAACCAGUAGUUCUUGAGAUUAGUGCGUUCAAACAAACAAACACACAAACAAACUCUUCAGCUUUAUAAUAUUAGUAUAGAUACAUACAUGUUAUCGCGUGUAUGUCCCCGGAAGGGUAGACAGAGUCUACAGUCUCGGAAAGAACGAAAGGCCACGUUCGGCUGUAUGGCUUUAUAAUGGAAUUGAGAAUAAAAUAGUGACAGGUUACUAGCCAAUCGCUUACAAGAAAAAUCCUUAGUUUUUUAGCAUAUUCCUUAGUCGCCUUUUACACGGCACUAUGGAACUUCUUAUGAUGAAUGAGUCUUUAAAUUAUGCCCUUAUAUUUUAUCGAAUCCCUUUCGUACGGGUAACAUUUUUGGUUAUAUGUAUAGUAUAUCUAUUUUUUUAAGUACAUAUAUAUUUAUACAAAAAAACUUAAAUAACUUAGUAUGGGCUCAAAACAAUUAGUGCGAAAUCUUAUCUGGAUUAUAUUCAAGCAAUAUUAGAGUAUAUUGACGAUAAAUUAUUUAUUAGGCAGUUACGUUAUAUUUUAUGCUAAUAUUUUACGGCCAAGUCCUUUAAUUUAAUGUUCACUUCAAGUCAACAAUCUUCUAUACAGACGUUGACAAGGCAUAUGCCCUUAUAUUCAUCUCUCUAUCAUUGAGGUGUCCAAGAGUAAGAAAAGGAGGGAAUAUGGCUUAUCGACUGUUCGUGAAUUGUCCCUAAGUCCUAACAAAAACUUGAAUCCGACGCAAAGUAAGACUUCCGAAUCGAAUCGCCUUAAUAGCUCAAAGACUGUUGUAGAUUUUGAGCGAUAUUAGAAUAAAACAAUUGUAAUUCAUUCACACUAACGUUCUGGAUAUCGAGUAGAAUAAUGGAAGAAAAAAAUCGUUACAAUUUAUGCCGACCGGCCAUUUUCUUGCAGAACCGUUAUAAAAUGUGUAAUGACGUAAUAAACAAUAAUAAAGUAAUAUGGUUCUUAAAUCUGUCACAUAUUAUGCCUAUGGUGGAAUUCAAUUCACUCUGGACCUGUGCUCUGGACAAAACAAUAUUAAGAUCAUUUUUUUUUCAAGCCAAAAAUGAAAUUUUAUGAUAAUGUAAAGUGGCCAACUUUUAUAAUAAGAAAUUACUUUUUAGUUUGGCACAAGUAGCAAUCAUUUAGUUACAACAUACACAUUUUGGCGAGUACAUUUUAUAAUAAUAAAAAAAAUAUCAUUAAUUAUUUUUUCCUUUUUAAAAGCCUGAAGUCGCCUUCGACACUGCCUUAUUGAAAGUAUUUAUGUUCUGUUUCGUAACUUAAAAUACUCAUUUAGCAUUCAUGGCUACAAGUAUUUACCAACCGCAAGUACUAGUAUAGGUACUUUAUAUAUUUUAACUUUAUGUAUUUAUUUAUUUUAAUGUGUAAAAUGUAAGCGAGUCUUCAAUCCAACAAUACGGUUAGACAUUUAGAAUUUAAAUUAAUAAAACUAACUGCUAAAUGUUACUUUUCCGUAAAUGUCGUAAUUUUAAUUCCGUUAAUAAAUGGAAGGUAUGGCAUUUUUUAAAGCAAGAAAGAUGAUAUUUAAAUUAUUAUGUGACAAGUCAGUCGUAUAAAUAAGCGAUCAAAUAGUUGUACCUAAUCGGGAUUAAUUUUUCUUAAAAUUGUUAGAUUGUUUUAAUUAUUUUUACUUAUCUAUUGCAUUUAGAAACUACUUGUUUAUACGACACAAUAAUUUAUGCCUUAGUUAAGUUUCGCAAGUAAAAAGUACUCGUGGUUCAGAAGAGGUAGUUAAAAACUACAAUUAGUUAAGUGGUGUGAACCUGAGAAAGAAUAUAAACGGUGUAGUAAAAUCCCUAUCCGAUCCGUAAUGGUGAUAUUGGAAAACUUUAUAUGGUUAUAUUUUUAUUGUUUCCUCUCCAAAGACUUAGGUACCCCUUCGUAUACUAUAAGAAAAGACAUUUUAGACUAACGAGUAGUCUAGCUAGAUUCUAGCUGAUUUUAUUCAUAGGUACAUCUGUACUGUAUCGGAUUUGGUUUUUACAUCUUCGCUUGGCGAUUACACUUUCGCGCACUCUUAAUUUUAACAUACCUUUUGACUUAUUUUGGUAAGUCACGAGACUGCAGUAAUCACAUUGUAUUUAUUUGGCGAAUUAUCAAUGUUCAUUGACAUAAAUUCUUUAUGCACUAUGUAUGUAAACAUAAAUUGUAUAUAUUUGCAUGGUCAGUAAAUGUAGGAGAAUAGUAAUUUUUAAUUUAUCUAUAAAAUAAAGUAUUUUAAAAUA